UCCACCCUGGACCUGGGCGAGCAGCGGGAGCGCUGGGAGACGUUCCAGAAGCGGCAGAAGCUCAGCUCCGAGGGCGCCGCCAAGCUCCUGCUAGACACCUUUGAAUACCAGGGCCUGGUGAAGCACACAGGAGGCUGCCACUGUGGAGCAGUUCGUUUUGAAGUUUGGGCCUCAGCAGACUUGCAUAUCUUUGACUGCAACUGCAGCAUUUGCAAGAAGAAGCAGAAUAGACACUUCAUUGUUCCAGCCUCUCGCUUCAAGCUCCUGAAGGGAGCUGAGAGCAUAACCACGUACACAUUCAAUACGCACAAAGCCCAGCAUACCUUCUGUAAGAAAUGUGGCGUUCAGAGCUUCUAUACUCCACGCUCAAACCCCGGAGGGUUUGGAAUCGCCCCCCACUGCCUGGAUGAGGGCACUGUGAGGAGUGUGGUCACUGAAGAAUUCAAUGGCAGCGAUUGGGAGAAGGCCAUGAAGGAGCACAAGACCAUCAAGAACAUGUCGAAGGAGUGAGCUUCUGCUUCUUCUGUCCUGACAAGGAGUGACUGGGGGCGGCAACUUGGCCGUCCCUGCUGCACCUGAGUGGUGCUCUUGAAUGUGGCUGACCCACGCUGCUGGUGCUGUGAGCCAGCAGCCGUCGUGAUCUCUGCAGUUUUCUCCAGCUACCAGUUUCUUUAGGCAGCUCUUUGUCCUCCCUCGGCCCAGAUUUUGAUGUAGUCUAGUUGACAUCCUUCCUUCUCUUCCCAACUUUUGUGUGAUCUUUUAGGAAAAAAAAAUAAAUAUUUUUAACAUUAAAGCA